AUGGCGGACGAAAGUGAGAAUGCAGAACCAAGAGAACAGGAUGGAUUUAAGGGUGAUCAAGAAAACUUUCAGGACAAUUACAAAAUGCAUAGGGGUCCUCCCUUUCCUGGUCCUCCUCGAGGAAGAGGAUUCAUGAGGGGUCCAAGGCCACCUUUUGGAAGAGGACCCCCUGGACCAGGACAUGGUCCACCUAGAUUUAGAGGACCCCCAGGACCUCCAGGUAUGAGAGGCCCCCCUCCUCCUGGAAUGCGAGGUCCACCACCUCCUGGAAUGAGAGGCCCUCCCAGAGGACCUCCACCCUAUUUUGGAGGGCCAGGUAGACCUCCCUUUGAUCCUAAUUAUGGUCCACCCCCACCUGGGAUGGGAUCACCACAGGGGACGGGGCAUCCACCAGGCAUGCCUCCUCCUCCAGGUAUGCAGCCUCCUGGUAUGCCACCCCCAGGGAUGCCUCCGCCUGGAAUGCGACCACCAAUGAUGCCACCACCAAAUAUGCCUCCACCAAAUUUUUCAAUGCCCCCUCCAGGAUUUAUGCCACCAACCUCUGCUGGAGGUAGCCAAGCAGUGCCAGGGUCAGAUCUGAACCAGGAACUUUGGGUAGAGACUAAGACAGCUGAGGGAAAGGCAUACUUCUAUAAUGCUCGCACCAGAGAGUCAGCAUGGGUUAAACCAGAGAAUGUGAAGAUCAUUACACAGGCUGAUGUAGAGGCAAUGGCUUCCCAGGCCCUGCAGACAAACACGCCCACAUCUGCAGGUGGUACAUCUACUGCUGCACAGGCUGCAGUUGCACAGGCUCAAGCAGCUGCCACCAACCAAAACCCUGUUAGUGCAACACCAGACAUGACAGGAUUUAAUCAGAUGGGCCAAGGCUUCAGUGCUGCCCCCAUGAACCAGAGCACUGCUCAACCAGUACCAAGUCAGCCAGAGACGCAGCAACCUGCUGCUGAUGCUGUAGCAGCUCAGAAACCCCCAACCACUCAGAUGCCACCCAAACCUCCAGAGGUUGCUGAAUGGUCUGAACAUAAAAACGGUGAUGGCCGUUCAUAUUUCUACAAUUCACGCUCUAUGGAAUCUACAUGGGACAAACCACAAGUAUUAGUUGACUGGGAAGCUAAGAUAGCACAGAAACAACAGCAGCAGCUACCAACACCAGUUGCUCCCCAGCAACAGCAGCAGCAACAGCCUCAACCGAUGCAGACAGAAACUACCCAAGUCAAUGGCUACAACGGGGCAACAGAGGAAGUACCUAAUGAUACAGAGGAAAAAGGGGAAGAAAAGGAAGAGGAGAAAAAAGAGGAGGAAGAUGAAAAGACAGAGGAACAGAAGGCAGCAGAGAAGGCACGUCCUGUGUCCAGUACACCUGUACCAGGAACACCUUGGUGUGUGGUGUGGACUGGGGAUGGUCGUGUCUUUUUUUACAAUCCAAGUCAGCGUACUUCUCUGUGGGAAAAACCAGAGGAGAUCCAAGGACGUCCAGAUGUGGAGAAGAUGCUCCAGGCACCCCCUGAUGCAGCCAAGACUGAGAAGAAGGAGGAGGAAGGAGAACCCCAGGCCAAGAAGCAGAAGAUGGAUGAGAUGACAGAGGACAAGAAGGAUGAAGUGAAGAGGAUAGAUGUAGGUAAGGAAGCAGCUAUUGAGGCAGAAGUACAGGCAGCAAGACAGCGAGCAGUGGUGCCGUUGGAUAUCCGCAUGAAGCAGUUCCGAGACAUGUUAGCAGAGAAGGAGGUGUCUGCAUUUUCUACUUGGGAGAAGGAGCUCCACAAGAUAGUGUUUGACCCCCGCUACUUGCUGCUGACCUCAAAGGAACGUAAACAGGUAUUUGAACAAUAUGUGAAGGAGCGAGCUGAGGAGGAGCGAAGAGAGAAGCACAGAAAACUACGCGAGAGGAAGGACUCCUUCCGCCAACUGCUUGAAGAGGCGAGACUUCAUGGAAAAUCUUCCUUCAGUGAUUUUGCUGCAAAGUAUGGCAAAGAUGAACGAUUUAAAGCUAUCGACAAAAUGAGAGAAAGAGAGUCCAUUUUCAGUGACUACUGUUCUGACCUGAGGAAGAAAGAGAAGGAAGAAAAAUCACUCCAAAAAGAAAGGCUGAAGUCUGACUUCUUGUCACUCUUGAGGGAAACUUCUGAAAUUGAGCGACACUCUCGUUGGAGUGAGAUAAAACGCAAGAUUGACUCUGAUCCACGAUACAAAGCAGUGGACAGCAGUUCUCGACGAGAGGAUUGGUUCAAGGAUUAUGCAAGGAAGUUGGAAGAUCCUGUAUCAGAAGAUGAAGAUGACAAAAAAGAUAGAGAAAAUGACAAGAAGGAGAGAGAGAAACAGGAGCGAGUGGAGGCAAGCAUCCGUAAACGUGAGGAAGAAGUACAACGGUCUUUAUCUUCAUCUCUACGUGAGCGUGAUAAGGAAAGGGAACAGCACAAGAAAGAUGAAGCUAUGCAGCUUUUUAAUGCCCUUCUCUCUGACCUGGUUCGUAACUCAGAAGUAACCUGGCGAGAUACACGCAAGCAGCUGAGAAAGGACCAUCGCUGGGAUUUGGCUGAUCUGUUGGACCGUGACGAAAAGGAGAAACUGUUUGAGGAGCAUAUCGAUAACCUCAACAAGAAAAACAAGGAUAUGUUCCACAAACUGAUGGAUGAUACAAUGCCCAGUCUUACAUCCACAUGGAAAGAAAUAAAAAAGCAGAUAAAAGAAGAUCCAAGAUAUGUGAAGUUUUCCUCCAGUGACAGGAAACGUGAAAAGGAAUUUAAUGAUUAUCUACAUGAAAAAUAUGUACAAGCUAAGGCUGACUUCCGAGAACUGUUAAAGGAAUCCAAACUCAUAACUUACAGAUCUAAGAAGCUGUUGGAAGAAUCAGAUUCACACAUGAAGGACAUCAUCACUAUUUUACAGAAUGACAAACGCUACUUGAUCCUGGACUGUGUGGAGGAUGAAAGAAACAAGAUCCUUAUGUCCUAUAUUGACGACUUGGACAGGAAAGGUGUCCCGCCACCCCCUACUGCCUCGGAACCCUCCCGGAGGUCCACCAAGUGAUCCAUAUACCUGAUGGGAGUUACUGGAUUGAGUAACAGACCUAGCCAACAAGACCUUGACUGACAAUGCCAUGUCUGCAAAAUACAUUGUGUUGGUCCACUGAUUCUGAAACUACACAAGCCUUCACGAAGACAGAUUUAGUUGGUCUCAUUAAUGAACAAAUUGUUUCAGAGUAUUCUUGUAUCUGCUUAAUCAUUAAUCAUUAUUCAUUGUUGGUCCAUAUACGGUAAUGAGCAUUUUUGUUGUAAAUUGCUUUUUUUAGAUUUCUUACCUGUGGACAAAUUUAGAAUGUUUUAUGGUCAGCGGACUUAACAUAUAAUAGGUGGAUUUUAACUCACCCAGUCACACAGACAUGGUAGUUGAGAAAUCUUGUCUUUUUAGACCUAACAUAGUGAUACUUAUUCCAGCAGUAAAACACAGCCUGGUAAGUAGUGAUACCAUUCAGUAAGACAAAUACCACCCUUUGUUGCAAGGGGAACUAGUAUCAUUGACAUAUUUCAAGGCAAGCUUUUCAUUGUUUACUUCACAAUUCUUCUGUAAGAAUCCAUUGUUGUAUUGCCAAACUUCACUUUACCAAAAGUUGGCAGGACAAAUAGUGACUGUAUAAUACAAAAUUAAAAUGAAUGAUGUAUUUUUUGUUCUAGUGUAGCUUCUUUUAGAGAGCUGCACUUAGUCAAUUGAUGUACUAUUUAAUAGGAUGUUCAUUUAAAAUCUGACUGCUCUAAUGGCUCCACCCACUGAAGAUAUUCUUUCUGUGGUAAAAUGUGGGUAGAAACUUUGGGAUGAUGAAUUAAACUUGCUUCCUCUAGAAAGUGGAUGGAGUAUAUUAUCUAAUAGAGUAACCUCAUUACUGUUCUAUAAUUUUGAUCUGAUAGUGUUUUAGUCAUUGCUACAUCAAGUAUAUGUGUAAUUCAGACAGAAAUCAUGAUUAUUGUUUGUUCAUCACCAGAAUCAUUAAUAAUAUGUUCACAUCACAGUUUGCAUUUCAUGCUAAUAUGUCAGAUUGAGAGUUGUCCCACUUGUUUUGGUUGAAAAACUAAGCAUCAUGUCAUCUCUACCUGGAAUGUUCUCAUAUAUUAUAAAACAUUCCAUGAUAAAGAGGGUAAAAUGAAUCUGGGAAAAUGCUAGGUUUUCAAGCCAAUUUGAUUGUUGUAUUGUAGGUUUUAGACAAUAAGAAGUUAUGUACAAUAAAGGGUUCAAAUUGGAGGAAAAAAAACUUCUUGAAUUUGCCCAUUCUAAAGUAAAAAUUUAGUGGAUCAGUAACAGCAUGCCUGAUAUUAUUCAAGUGCCAUACCUAUUGAUCAUGACAAGAUGUAGCAUAAUUUUUCAUUGGCCGCAGUCUGUACUUUGCAAUUAGGUCUCUAUUUGAUAAGCAUAGAAAAUUUUUGGUGUUUUAUGUUCUGGGGAUGAACAUGCCAGUUUCCCUGAUUGGUUUACCGAAAAGUGUUAUUUGAGAUUUUGACAACAGAAGUGAUUUCCAUUUUCUGUUAGAGAUUUAACUAAUUUGGUACUAUCAGAAAGGGUAUCUCUUAGUAUUGCUAUUCAGUGGUGUAAUAAAUCGAUACCUUAUGGUGAAUGUUACAUUACAAGAAUUGACAGAAACAUUAUCAGUGAUUAACAUGGAAGAUUUUUUAAACUAUCUAUCGAAUCAAAUCUGAUCACAAAAUUAUAUAUCCUUUUUAGGCCAUUGUUUUAAGCGUUUUAUUGUGAUAUUCCUUUAAGUACUAGGCAGUGAAAUCCAAAUCCAAGAUGUUUUAAAAGACAUUUUUAGUAAAAUUGUAUUUGUAAAUACACAACUUACGUGUAAAGAACGCUUGACAGUCUUGUAAAUAUUGACGAUUUAAAGCUAAAAUUGAUGUGAUUGUUGUCAUGUUGUACAUUCAAAAUGAGACAACUGAUAACGUUAUUUACCAUUUGUAAUAGAAUAAGGUAAUGCAUUUUUUACUGACAUCACUGUUAGAAAGGAUAAUUUGUAGGUUUUAACAGUGAUAUAAAGUAACUACAUGCCUCCUUGUGGAAUACAGUCCAAAUAAAAGUAAAAAGCUGACUGACCAAGUGAAUUUUAAAAUCAGUUCUAAAACUAAUAUGAAGAAUACGACUGAAAAAGGACUAACACUCAUGCAGAAAGGUAUUUGUGUUUGUAGCAGGAUGAAAGGAGGAUUUUUUAAAUUGUAAAAGAUAGGGUGUGUGUCAAGUUGUAAGAAGAUGUAAGGACGGAAUCUUUUGAAUUUAAAAAAACAGAUAUUAACAGUAUGUUCCAAAGUGCUUGGAAAAUCAUGGAAAUAUACACAAGAUGUUUUCAAUGGGGAAGAGAAUGAAAGCAAAGUUUUACUGUAGAAGUUUCUUCUACUUUUAUUGCAAAAAUAGAAGUUUUGAGAUGUUUUAUAUUUUACAAUCAAUUGUCACUUGUGAAUGUCUCUGUAAUGCUUUCUUUGUAGUUAUAACUGUAGUAUGUUUCUGUUUUGUGUCACGUUACAUAGUGCGACUUAAAGUGUCAAACUUUGGUGACUCUCAUUGCAAGAUGAGUUUUAAAAUGGAAUGAUAUUGAUAAUCCUAUGUUGUGAAUUGUUGCAGGGAUAUUGUAGAUAUGUGAAUAUGUGUACAAUUGAAUGAAUAAUAUGUAAGUGUACAUGGAUGGGCCACAAUAAAUGUACCGUCUGAUGAAA